UAUUAAUAAAAUAAAAUAAACAAUAGUUUUGUAUUUGACAGCACGUGCAGGAGCGUAUCAACUAUAGUCCAAUGGAUAGACUAUUUUUUAAAUUUCAUAUAAAUUUGCAAAUUGGAGUUUGACUUAUUAUUUUUUAUUAUUUAAAAACAAAUUGACAUAUCCACGUGGAAUUGGAGAUAAAUAUAUAUUUAAAGAUAGGAAAUGUCAAAGGUUUAUUAUUAUAAUGUCCUUUGAAAUUCAUCAACCGUGGAGUGAGAUUUUCCCAAGAAUUACAAAACCAGAAGUUGCUGGUUAUUACAGUUUAAACAGUAAACGUGAAUAUUUACCGGAUUUAUCGCAAUUAAAAUAUCUACAACUUCCUCGAAAUAAUCGUAUUAAUUUUAAUCUUAAUGAUGGAAUGGAAAAUGUAAUACGUAAACCAGACUCAGCAUCUGGAGAAAAUAUAAAUAAUCUUCUAAAGUGGAUACUAGUGAAUCAUAGUAAAAUUCAAGCACCACUUGAUUCAGCACGAUGGUUAAAACCAGAAUUUGUAACUUAUCGAGGACUAUUAAGUACUUUAUGGAGAACUCCAUUUGAAGAUAGAGAUGGCUGGAUAAUUUGUGCAGCCAAAUUUCAAGGAACAAUUUAUCUUUGUGCUUUUGAUACCGAAGAUGUAAAAAAGAGAAAUGCAAAUAUGACCCCCAGAGAUCGAAUGAUGUGCUCUUGGGGAUAUAAAUUUGAACAGUUUGUUUUGUCAGAUUCACCUGAUAAAAAGCCAAACACUGCCGAAACUGUUAAUGAAUGUGAGGAAUUUUGUUGUAUUUUCACAUGUGAAUUUGGUGAUAAAUACCUUUUGUACGGUGCCGAAAUGGAUGGUAUUGAAUCGAAAAUACCAAUAAAAGAACCCGUAUCAUGGAAAAAUAUUAAUUUUGUUGAAUUAAAAACAAAUAGAAUUAUUGAAACUGGCCGACAGGAUUUAGUUUUUCGUAAAAAACUUUUAAAAUGGUGGUGUCAAUCAUUUUUGGUUGGCAUAGAAAAUAUCACAUGUGGUUUUAGAACAAAUAAUGGACACGUGAUAGAUUUGAAAAAAUACAAGGUUUCCGAUUUGAUUAAAAUGGCAAAGAACAAUUGGGAGCCAUCGCCUUGUAUGAAUUUUGGUGAUGCAUUUUUGAAUCAUGUUAAAAGGGUCGUUACCAAAGACUACGACAAAUGUAUUUAUAAAUUUUCCUACAGUCCUGGUAGUGAAGAAGUCGAGUUGAAUGUACUUAAUAAUCAACAUUCAUCGAGUUAUGUUUCGCAAUAUACAUUUUUACCUCAAUGGUUUAUUGACAAAGCCAACGAAUUAAUACAAAAUUAAAUUAAUCCUAAAGGAAUCGUAUCCCUUUUUUUUAUAUUCCUCGGAUAAAAGUAAUUGUAAGGUAAAAAACGUUUUUUUUUUUUUUGAAAAUUAAACACAAUUUAAAAAUUAAACAUGUAAAUAGAUUUUAGUUUAUUAUAUUUACAUUAAUUUCAUUUAACAAUUUGUGUACAUUGUGAUAAAUCUUUUUUUUUAUACAAAAUUUAACUGUCGAUGAUGAAUAAAAUUUAAGUAUUUUUUUCAGUAA